UGGUGACGGGUAACGGGCUCAGGCCAUUAACGUAACCCUCCGCCGGCGCGGCCAUGUUGGUGCUAGGAACUAUUUUGUUAGGAGGAGGGUUUUGGGGAUCACUUGAGUUGAGGAAGGGAUGACUUCCACAAUGAGUUGAAUGACUUGUACCCACCAGAGGACAGGGCAGGAUCAACAACGGAAAGGGAUAACGUCAUAUAAGGGAGAAUCAGUGAUGGGGAGACAGAACAAUGGUAGAGAGCACUCAGUGAGCAACAGUGAAUAUAAAUACUAACACAAACGUGGACUCCAAAAAAGAAUCUUAUAAGAUUUAGCAUCUUCAGUGAACAGUCUAGCCAGUACAAGGAUCAUGGACACCGACCUGUUUAUGGAGUGUGAGGAGGAGGAGCUAGAGCCCUGGCAGAAGUUAACGGAUGUGAUAGAGGAUUCUGUUGUGGAGGAUUACAGCUACUUUGACAAACCUGCAACUGUUGCAGUAAACCUACAGCCAGUCUCUGCUCCACUACCAGUUAUUGCACAGCAAACCCUUAGUCACUACUCUACAGCUACCACUGUGACAAAUAAUUCUGCCCAAAACAGUGACAAUGCCAAGAAGACACUGGUGACAUUAUUUGCCAACAAUAGUGGUUCAACUCCCAUUAUGCAAUCUGGGGGACAGCCACUGAUCUUGACUCAGAAUACUACUUCUGGCCUUGGCACAAUGAUGACGCAGCCCAUGUUGCGCCCAAUGCAAGUCAUGCAGAAUACAAAUCAUGGCACCAAUGCCAAUGUGACUACACAGCCUAUCUUCAUAACCACACAGGGCUUUCCAGUACGGAACAUGAGACCAAUGCAAAAUACAAUGAACGCAAUGAAUGCCAUGAAUCAGGUCGGAAUUGUUCUGAAUGUUCAGCAAGGGCAGACGGUUAGACCAAUAACCAUAGUACCAGCACCAGGAACUCAGUUCAUGAAACCAGCUGUAGGAGUCCCUCAAGUUUUCUCCCAGAUGGCGCAGGUCAGACCUGCCCCGAAUGUCCCAGUGCGACCAAACACCAACACCUUUACCACAGUUAUCCCUGCCACUUUGACCAUCAGGAGCACAGUGCCCCAGUCUCAAGGCCAGCCCAAUAAAUCCACCCCCAGCACCUCUACCACUUCUGCUCCAAGCCAGCCACUUCGACAGAUUGCUAUGCAACCGCUGCAUCAACCACCUUCUAGUUCGGGUAGUCAGACAACCAACCCCAAGCUUGUUAGUAUUACCAGCGUUGUGGCUGUGAAUAGGCCUGGGGAGAACGAUACAGUAACGUUUGUGAGCACAAGCCAAACCGCAGGUCUGAACUCAAGUAAUAUGGUCAUAUCUAAUAGUGGAAGCAAUAACAGUUUGCAGAGGAGCCUCACUUCUGAGUCUUUGGGCAUACAAGGUACCUCCCCUUCACUUUUAUCAUUUGAUUCCUCUGAUAGUGGGCGAAAAUUUUGCCCAAGAUGUCACGCAGUCUUUCGGGUCGCAGAAGCCCUUAGAGGACAUAUGUGUUACUGUUGCCCUGACCUUGUGAACUUCUCCAAGAAAGGGAAAGAUUCUGAGCUGGAUCAGCAGGCAACAAAUUCUCCUGCUCCAGCAAAAAAUGUUCCAUCAGCUUCCCCUACAUCUACCACGCCUAGUACUACCUUGCCCUCAACUGGAAAAGGUCAAGAUGGUGCUCCAGACGAGCUGACACAAGGAAAGCUCAUUAUGUUAGUGGAUGACUUCUAUUAUGGCCGGGACUUGGGGCGCUCCUACCAGAUGCAGUCAUUGCCUAAGGUGGCAACCACAUUCCGCUGCCCUCAUUGUACAAAACGACUAAAGAACAACAUCAGGUUCAUGAACCAUAUGAAGCACCAUGUAGAACUGGACCAGCAGAACGGGGAGGUUGAUGGACAUACAACAUGUCAACACUGCUAUAGGCAAUUUUCUACCCCUUUCCAGCUUCAGUGCCACCUAGAAAAUGUGCACAGUUCAUAUGAGUCAACUACCAAAUGUAAGAUUUGUGAGUGGGCCUUUGACAGUGAACCACUCUUCUUACAGCAUAUGAAGGACACCCACAAACCUGGAGAAAUGCCUUAUGUUUGCCAGGUCUGCAGCUAUCGCUCCUCUAUCUAUGCAGAAGUGGAUACUCACUUUAGGCUAAACCAUGAGGACACACGGCAUUUAAUGUGUAUCUACUGUCUAAAGGUGUUUAAAAAUGGAACUGCUUUUCAACAGCAUUUCAUGAGGCAUCAGAAGAGUGUCUAUCACUGCAACAAAUGCCGGCUGCAGUUCCUUUUCGCAAAGGACAAGAUUGAGCACAAACUACAGCAUCACAAAACGUUCCGCAAACCACGGCAGUUAGAGGGACUAAAGCCAGGGACUAAGGUAACCAUUCGAGCCUCUAGAGCCAUGCCACGGAGUGUAUCAUUGUCAUCUGAUAACUCAUCAAAGGCUUUGCAAGAUGGAAACUCGGAUUCCAUGGCUCCCUCAGACUACUCUUCACAACAAAGUGGCACCCAGAAACGAUCUAUGAAGAAGAUGUCUGAGGCUCUUUCUAACUUCCAGGCUAAAAGGUUUUCUUUGGGUAAACAGUCCUGCCUCGAGUGCAACUUUGAUAUUCCAGAUUUCCAGAACCACUUCCCAACCUACGUACACUGCUCACUGUGCCGCUAUAGCACCUGCUGCUCCAGAGCCUAUGCCAAUCACAUGAUCAACAAUCAUGUCCCAAGGAAGAGUCCCAAGUACUUGGCAUUAUUUAAAAGUUGCAAGCCAAGCAACUCGUUUGCACUGACGUGUUCCACUUGCCCCUUUGUGACACGAAUGGGAGAUGCAAUGGCCAAGCAUCUAGUAUUCAAUCCAUCACAUGCAUUCAGCUCUGUGCUGUCGGGUUCUUCCUCUUUUGGGUUUUUAAGGAUUCCCAAACCGCAAGAGCAAAGAGCAGCAAGCAGUAGCCCAUCAGUUAAAGUGACAAGUGACAAAUCCAUGUUACUAGAAGACCAUGAACCAGAAGAGAAAUCACCAGAAUCUGAUGCUUCUGAACUAGAAAAGGAAGAUGAGGCAAUCAAUGUUGAUGAGCUUGAGGAAGAUCCGGAAGUGAAAUCGCUUGAAAUUCAGAAAAAAGAGCAGCUGAGUGUGAAAAAGCUUAGAGUGGUGCUGUUUGCUUUGUGCAGCAGUAUCCAGCAAGCUGCAGAACAUUUUCACAACACUCCACGGCGCAUACGUCGAUGGUUACAGAGAUUCCAGACUUUACAAGAGGAAAAUCAAGAGAGCUUAUCGGAAGGCAAGUAUCUUGACACAGAAGCAGAAGAGAAACUGGCUGAAUGGGUACUAACCCAGAGAGAGCAGCAGCAGCCAGUGAAUGAGGAGACCCUGUUCCAGAAGGCAACCAAGAUUGGGCGCUCUUUGGAAGGAGGUUUCAAGAUCUCAUAUGAGUGGGCUGUUAGGUUUAUGCUUAGACAUAAUCUGAGUACACACUCCAAAGUUGCUGUAUCUAAUCCAUUACCUAAAGACAUGGAAGGAAAUGCUCAGACUUUCAUUGAGUUUGUACAGAGGCAAAUACAUAGCCAGGACCUCCCAUUGUCCAUGAUUGCUGCUGUUGAUGAGAUCUCACUCUUCCUUGAUAUGGAGCUUCUGGGAAGUGAUGAAAGAAAGGAAAAUGCCCUACAGACAGUGGGAACAGGUGAGGCCUGGUGUGAUAUUGUGUUGACAAUUCUAGCAGAUGGAAGCCUCUUGCCUACUAUAGUAUUUUCUCGAGCUCGCUCAGGUAAAAUAAGGCAGGUUCCAGACUCAAUAAUUCUGGAGGCCAGAGAGGACAGUUAUACAGAUGAUGAAAUUAUUGAAUUGUGGUCUUCCCGGGUAUGGCAAAAGCACAUGGAAUGUCCAAACAACAAAGGUAUGGCUGUGUUGGACUGCCACAGGACACAUCUGUCAGAGGAUGUGCUGUCUGUCCUAAGCUCCACUUGCACCUUACCUGCUGUGGUGCCCUCUGGCUGCAGUUCCAAAAUACAGCCUUUGGAUGUCUGCAUUAAAAGAUCCAUGAAGAACUUCUUACACAAAAAGUGGAGAGAACAAGCUCAGGAGAUGGCAGAGUCCAGCUGUGACACAGAACUCUUGCUACAGCUUGUGCUGUGCUGGCUGGCUGAGGUUCUGGAGGUAAUUACAGAACAUCCAGAACUGGUCCAACAAUCCUUUCUUGUAGCCAGUGUAUUACCAGGGCCUGAUGGAACAGCCAAUACAACCAAGCGCAAUGCUGAAAUGCAAGAAGAACUUGUCAGUCUGUUGGAACAGCAGCUGAAGCUUGAUGAAGGGCAACAAGAUGAAGAUACAGACCAAUGUAAUGACAGCCAACCAGAGGAAUAUACAGAUCCAGAUAUUCUGCAGCAGUUGUUUGAAGGGGACAGUGAUACAGAAUCAUUUUAUGGGUUUGAGGAAACUGAUUUGGAACCUGUGUAAUCUGAGUGUUUCCCUCUCCAACACGUUGAGUUUAAAACAUUCCAUAUCCCCCUCAGGGUUUAGGAAUUGGUAUACCACAUUUAUAGCAUUUAUUCCUAAUUGUUUUUAUCCAUUGUUAAUUUCCUGCAAAGGGAAAGGAAGGAUUUGUGAGUGAAUGUUAUUUUUCCCAUUUAUUGUUUCACAACUCGGAAUUUCCACAGUCAGCAUCCCCAUAAUAUAUAAGCUACUGAACAGAUAUAUCCCCUGAGGUUUAUACAUUUUGCUCCUGCUUUUUUUUUUUUUUGUGGACACAAUCUGUUAUUUUUUCCAGUCUCAAACCUGGAUUGCUAAAUUAUAUAAGAAGAAAAUUAUUGCAGCGAGUAGACAGUCUUGCCUCACUUUGUAAACAAACUCUUACAUUUCUAUUUUUUUGGAUGGAGAGCAAGCCGAACGCUCUAAUGAAACGGUUGUGAACACAGUUCUGUCCAAAAUAUAUAUAAUGCUGUAAGAAAGCUUUGGUCAUCCAAUGCUUAUUUUUAAAAUGUACAUACCAAUAAAUUACCAAACAAAUACUCUUCUAUCAACGUGGAGCAGUGAACAAACUCAUGGGCAAGAAAAUUAGUUGGGGUAGAAUGCUAGCGUAUCCAUAAAGCACUGAAUAUUUGCUCUUCUAACAUCAAACACUGGGAAGUGAGCUACAAAUUUAUGCCCUCAUUCUUGACAUGGCUACUGCCAGCUAACUCCGUUAUAAAACUUGCAUGUUAAAGGGGGCUAUUUUGAAUUUUUUUUCCAUCCCUUUUGCUCUGCAGCAUAUGCAUAGAUAUGAUAGCUCAAGAAAACUGAUACCAGUGGAUGAAUCAAUGUGACCCAUUAACCAGCAGGGAUGAUGGGGAGCAUUGUUAAGUGACUUGACAUGUACAGAUGUGAAAUGCAGAAUAAAUGCAUCGAGAGAUGUGAUUGUUUUUA